UUUUUUUUUUUUUUUUUUUUUUUUUUUUGAAGGCCAGAAAAUAAAUGAACAGUGAACAUUUUUGCCUGGUCAAAAACCUCCUCAGUCCCUGCUUGAAGGUGGUCCUCGAAGGCAUUCUGAUCUUGUUCGACAACUUGUAUCAGGGAUAAUAAACUAUGUUAUACAAAAAACAGCAAUAGAAAGUCAAUUACAAAAUGUUUCACACUACAGGAUAGGCAAUAAUUUAUACACAAUUGCACAUUGCUUACCUCAGUAAACAGUUGCGGCUCCCGUCCGUACAGCAGGUGAUAGGGGGAGUAUUUUGGACGCUGCUCUUGUGUGCAAAGAUAAAUACUUUCAGAUUGUCCCUCCCACCAUUCCUGGUACCGGUCAAGGCAGAACCCGUUGGUCCCUUAAUCCAAAUCUGGAGUCACCAUACAUCUACACAUUCACAUUACAUAUAACUCACGUCCAGGCCUCCAGAAUACUCCCCCAUACUCUACAGAAUAGGCAAUCAUUUAUACACAAUUGCAUUGCUUACCUUAGUAAAGCUACUUUUCCGGACGGGAGCCGCAACUGUUUAUUGAGGUAAGCAAUGCAAUUGUGUAUAAAUUAUUGCCUAUUCUGUAGUGUCAAUUUCAACAACAAGAAAAUUACAUAAUCUAAAUUACUGGGGGCCAAGCUACAUUUGGUUAACAUCAAGCUACAUUUGGUUAACAUCAAGCUACAUUUGGUUAACAUCAAGCUACAUUUGGUUAACAUCAAGCUACAUUUGGUUAACAUCAAGCUACAUUUGGUUAACAUCAAGCUACAUUUGGUUAACAUCAAGCUACAUUUGGUUAACAUCAAGCUACAUUUGGUUAACAUCAAGCUACAUUUGGUUAACAUCAAGCUAGUGAACUGUUAAAUGCUAUUUUCGUACAAACAUUAACACAAACACAUUUUAUUGUGACAUCACAUAUUUACAUAUAUUACCUGAACUAAUCUGAGCGUUUGUUGAUAAAAAAUUUUUUUUAACAAAUUGGAUCUAAAAAUGUUGUUGAAAAAAAGUACAGAAAGUUUGAACGCCAUUUUACUAACCAUCUCUUACACGUAAAACCAUUAGCAACCUAGCCUAACUCCAUUACUUUACAAUGGGGAAAAUACCCUUUUUACACGUGAAAAACUGUACAUUUCUAACAUUUAUGGUUGAGAUUUAAUGAAUAAUAUAAAAUACACAACUUAUGACUUUCAUUAACACGCAGGCUCACACAGACAUGGUGUCUGUCAUGUCAGUCAGACGUUCAAUAGUAGGCGACAGCCACAGGGUGGUACGGUUGCCUAGACUUAAUUCUGGCUCAUACCACCCUCCAUUACUCAGACUGAUUACGUAUGGUUGUUGAGUGCGAAAAGGGGAGUGUGUGAUGAGAGAGGCAGGGGCCACCGCUGCAACUAGUCCCUUCAACUUUAAACGGCAAAGACUCGGACGAAGUAACGGGAUUUUAUUGCACUUAUUAUUAUUAUUUUUAUUACAGUAGCAAAAGACAACUGGAUUGCGAGGUAGAUCGCAUAAGAAGGGACAUUUAGGAGGGAGUGUGCCUUCAGAACUGGUGUAGUUUGUAUAGGCUAGCCCGUUAAUAAGAGUUUGCUGGUUAUUUGUUUUGCGGGGGCGGCAGACAGUAAUUUGUUGAAUUAUGGCGCUCAAGGCGAGGGCUUUAUACGAGUUCAAUUCCGAAAACACAGGGGAGAUAUCAUUAAAGGAACAUGAAAUAGUGAGUUUGUACAGCGAACAGGACAUUGAAGGCUGGCUAGAAGGAUCCAACAGCAAAGGCGAGAGAGGUCUCUUCCCCGCGUCCUACGUUGAGAUCCUAAAUAACGAUACCGCGUCCACGUUUAAUAAUAACAGCACAUCAGAGGACACUUACCGGGGAUCCCGAUACGCCAAUAUUCCAACCGGAGGUUUCGGGGACGCCUCGAAUAAAACAUUAAAUCAAAUUGAAAACUUGUCCAAAACAUCAAUAAUAUCGUCUGGGUUUACAGCGUCCUCGCCGCUUGCCCCAGCGCAGCAGCAGCAGCACGGUUACCAAGCCAGCCAGGGCAGCGAUGAAGACUGGGAUGAAGACUGGGAUGACACCUCGACAGUGGCUGACGAGCCCGUAGUUGUUGGUGGUAGUCACCAAGGGGACUUUGAUGGCAAUGGAUCGUCUACAUAUAGCGUGUCAACAUCUUCUAUGUCCAGAAGUGGCAACGCUCAACAAGCCAAGAGCUCUGCCACGGUCAGUAGAAACCUCAAUAGGUUUUCAACAUUUGUGAAAUCAGGAGGGGAAGCGUUCGUGUUAGGUGAGGCAGCUGGGUUUGUGAAAGAUGGGGAUAAGAUCUGUGUUGUAACGGGACAAUACGGUCCAGAAUGGCAGGAAAACCCAUACCCAUUCUCCUGUACCAUAGACGACCCCACCAAGCAGACCAAGUUCAAAGGGAUGAAGAGUUACAUUGCCUACAAGCUGACGCCCACCCACACACAGACCCAGGUAAACAGGAGGUAUAAACACUUUGAUUGGCUCUACGCCAGGCUGGUGGAAAAGUUCCCUGUCAUCUCCGUGCCUCACAUCCCAGAGAAACAGGCCACGGGGCGGUUUGAGGAGGACUUCAUCUCUAAAAGGAGGAAAGGGUUGAUAUGGUGGAUGAAUCACAUGACUAGUCACCCGGUCCUGUCCAGAUGUGACGUGUUCCAGCACUUCCUCUCCUGCAACAGCAUGGACCAGAAGUCAUGGAAGCAGGGGAAGAGGAAGGCAGAGAAGGACGAGAUGGUGGGGGCUAACUUCUUCCUCACUAUCUCCACGCCCUCCGGACCCCCCCUGGACCUGGUCGAGGUCGAGUCCAAGAUCGACGGCUUCAAAGCUUUCACUAAGAAAAUGGACGACAGCGUGGUCCAAGUCAACACCACCACCAACGAAUUCGCCCGGAAACAGAUCACAGGGUUUAAGAAGGAGUACCAGAAAGUGGGCCAGGCGUUUAAUGCCCUAGGACAGGCGUUUGAGCAGGACCAGCAGGCAUACUCGGUGGGGUUGAACCAGGCCAUAGCGUAUACAGGAGAAGCAUACGAUGCUAUCGGAGACUACUUUGCAGAGCAGCCAAGACAUGAUGUGGACCCUUUAAUGGAUUUGUUACAGCUGUACCAGGGACAUCUGGCCAACUACCCUGACAUCAUCCACGUACAGAAAGGAGCACUUAACAAGGUGAAGGAGUCCCAGAAGCACGUUGAGGAAGGCAAGAUGGACGCUCGCCAGGCGGACGGAGUCAACGAGCGCUGUAACAUCAUCUCCUUCGCCACGCUGGCAGAGAUGCAGCACUUCCACCAGGUCCGGGUGAGGGACUUCAAGGCCCAGAUGCAGCAGUAUCUAACCGAGCAGAUUGGCUUCUUCCAGAAGAUCACCGGAAAGCUGGAGGAGGCCCUGCAGAAGUAUGACAACGCUUAGAGGAGAGAGGGGUGGGACGGACACCUCUGAUUGGUUUAGAUCUGAUCGGGCACUUUCUGAUUGGUCCAGAUCUCAGAUCCGGCCCUCCUAAUAGGUCUAGAUGGUUACAGAUCUGACCCUUGACCUUGCUUAUUCAGACAAUCAUCGACAUUACAGUCAACCCGCCUGACAGCAAUACAAUCCACUGUGAGAAAAAGAUAAGGAGACCAGGAUAGUCUCCUGAAGCCUGGAAGUUGAUUCCAUGUUUGGUGGAUACUGUUGAAGGGACUUGAGUUGACAGAUUUUUGUUUUUAACAGGGUUGGUAUAGUAGGUCAGAGCGUCAAACAUGAGAUUGAUUAGCUGUCAUUAGCAAAGGGUGGCUACUUUGAAGAAUCUCAAAUAUAAAUUAUAUUUUGAUUUGUUUAACAUUUUUUGGGGGGUUUACUACAUGAUUCCAUAUGUGUUAUUUCACAGUGUUGAUGUCUUCACUAUUAUUCUACAAUGUAGAAAAUAGUAAUAAUAAAAAAUAAAGAAAAAGCCCUUGAAUGAGUCGGUUUGACUGGUACUGUAUACACACACACACACAGUAUAGGGCUAUAUAUCAAUCUUGAACACGAUCUAUUUUGGAUGCAAUUUAAAUGGGACUGAUGGAGAGGGAGAAUGAAUGUGCUCUCUGGUUCUCUGAUUUAAAGAAACGAUACAGGAGAGUUUUAAUACUCUGCAGCUGAAAAAAUUAAAUUUAAUAAAUUUAAAAAUAAGGUGAAUCCCGAAAGCCAGACGGAGAUGUGUAAAUUAUACUGUAUUAUACUGUAAAUUAUACUGUAUUAUACUGUAAAUUAUACUGUAUUAUACUGUAAAUUAUACUGUAUUAUACUGUAUUAUACUGUAAAUUAUACUGUAUUAUACUGUAUUAUACUGUAAAUUAUACUGUAUUAUACUGUAAAUUAUACUGUAUUAUACUGUAUUAUACUGUAAAUUAUACUGUAUUAUACUGUAUUAUACUGUAAAUUAUACUGUAAAUUAUACUGUAUUAUACUGUAUUAUACUGUAUUAUACUGUAAAUUAUACUGUAUUAUACUGUAUUAUACUGUAAAUUAUACUGUAUUAUACUGUAUAUUAUACUGUAUUCUACUGUAUUAUACUGUAUUAUACUGUAAAUUAUACUGUAUUAUACUGUAUUAUACUGUAAAUUAUACUGUAUUAUACUGUAUUAUACUGUAAAUUAUACUGUAUUAUACUGUAAAUUAUACUGUAUUAUACUGUAUUAUACUGUAAAUUAUACUUAUUUGGUCUUUA